AUGGUUUUCAAUCCUCCACAGGAAGCUGUUAUGAAAGUAUUUCAGAGAGCUUUGCAGUAUAAUGAUCCAGAAAAGGUUUAUCUAGCACUUCUGGGAAUGUAUGAAAGGACUGAGCAACAUAAAUUGGCUGAUGAGCUUCUUGAAAAAAUGAUCAAGAAGUUCAAGCAUUCCUGCAUUUUUACAUCCGUCAAUGACGCCUCCAAAGUCCAUGCAUGUGACUGUGUUUAUGGAGAUGCUGAUUCUGUUAUGCCCAAAGAUGCUUUUGUCAAUGGGAGAACAUUUCUUUCUGUGUGUAUGGCAUUUCCUGAAACUGUUGAGGCCUUCUUUGAUAUUGAUACCAGUGGCAUUUUUGCAUUGUAUGGUGUCUCAUUGAUGGACAAAAGCUGGAUGAACUUGCCUAAUAGACUUCGAUCGCCUGCAUAUGCCGAGGGGGUUAACACUUUCCUCAACCUAGCACGAAACCAUUCUCGAGGAAGUGAUCGCAUUCGAUGUCCAUGCCGUGCAUGCUGUAAUACUCUCUUCUUGCCUAUAUUUGAUGUGGAGACUCACUUGUUUAUGAAAGGGAUCAACCCAAAUUAUACCCAGUGGAUCUUUCAUGGGGAGGAGGAAACACGAAAUUUCAAUGAUGACGACGACGAUAGUGUUGCUGAUUCUUCCAAUGAAUACAUUGAUGACAUGGAUCAUAUGUUAGAUGACAUUCGGGCAGGCACAUUUGUGGACCACGCCCAAGAUCAUAGUAAUCCAUUGCCAACUGCUACGUCAAUACCAGAUCCUGACAUCCUGAGUUCAUCUUUUGAGCAGCUACUAGAGGAUGCCCGACGUCCACUUUUUCCUGGCUGUACAAAAUUCUCAAAACUGUCAUUCAUUGUGAAGUUGUUACACAUUAAGACACUUGGUGGGUGGUCAAUAAAGUCGUUUGAUAUGCUACUUAAUUUGUUGCGGACUGCCUUUCCUGAUGCUGAAUUGCCACAUUCAUAUGAGGAGUCAAGGUGGGUGCCUAAUACACACAAUGCUCGUCCUAUCCCUAAAAAAGUGUUGAGGCAUUUUCCUUUGAAGCCAAGAUUGCAACGUCUUUUCAUGACUGCAAAUAUAGCACGUGAUAUGAGGUGGCAUAAAGAGCAACGGCCAACCGAUGAUGGGGAAAGUAUGAGACAUCCUGCAGACGCAGAGUCCUGGAAGAGAUUUGAUGAAGACUAUAGUUGGUUCGCACAGGAUGCUCGCAACGUUCGGCUUGGUCUCGCAAGUGGCGGUUUCAAUCCUUUCAACAAUAUGGCUAAACCGUAUAGGAUUUGGCCGGUUAUCCUGGUACCGUAUAACUUGCCACCGUGGUUGUGCAUGAAGGACCAAUUCUUCAUGACAUCCCUCAUUAUUCCUGGACCAAAAUCUGCAGGUAAUGACAUUGAUGUUUACUUGCAACCGUUAGUCGACGAACUUCUUGAAUUUUGGGAACAAGGGGUACCUACGUAUGAUGCCUCCACAAAGGAAACCUUCAUGUUGCAGGUUGCUUUAAUGUGGACAAUCAAUGACUUUCCAGCCUAUGGAAUUCUUUCUGGUUGGUCAACAAAAGGAAGAUUGGCUUGUCCUACUUGUAAUGAGGGCAUAGACGCCAAUUGGUUGAAGUAUGGCAGAAAACAUUGUUAUAUGGGACAUCGUCGUUUCUUGCCGCCCCAUCACAUGUGGCGAAAGAGAAAAAAUGACUUCAAUGGUAAAGAAGAUCAUCGCAUGCCACCAAGGGUUUUAGAAGGAUCAGAUAUUGAAGCUCAGCUGUUGAUGCUUGGGGAUGUGCAAUUCGGUAAAUCUUAUCGAAAGAGAAAACGAACUGUUGAGGAGUUGAACUGGACAAAAUAUAGCAUUUUCUUCAAGCUACCGUAUUGGAUAACCCUACGUCUUCGACAUAAUCUAGAUGUCAUGCAUAUUGAAAAGAAUAUAUUCGAUAACAUAUUGAGCACUUUAAUGAACAUUCCUGGUAAAACUAAAGAUAAUAUCAACUCUCGACGUGAUCUGGAGAUUUUUGAAUUCAGAAAAGAAUUACAUUUGAAGUAUGACGGUGAACGUGUUACAAUGCCACACUCAAUGUAUACAUUACACGGUGAGGAAAGGAAGAAGUUUUGUGAAUGGCUGGUCGAUGUGAAAUUUCCAGAUGGAUUCGCUUCGAACAUCUCGCAUUGUGUUUCUUUACGAGAUUGCCGAAUCUCAGGGUUGAAAAGCCAUGACUGCCAUGUUUUCAUGCAAAGACUACUUCCUAUUGCUGUUGGGGGGUUUUUACGACCUGAUAUUGGAUUGGCCUUGACUGAACUGUGCACUUUCUUCAAGGGGUUGUAUGUUGAGACGAAAUUUACUCGAGUUGAUCGCAACAUUGAUGGUGAAGCCGAGAGUAUAGAUGGAUUCAAAAUUUUCAACCAAAAAGUUCGUCCGAUUGGUACCGCUUCCAACAGGCAAUUAUCAGAUAAACUCCUAACUGAAGCAACCUGGUACGUCCUCAACAACUGCGCUGAGAUUGGACCUUACCUAGAGGAGCAUUACGAGAAAUGUAGGGUGCACAACCCAAAUUCUAUUGAUCGAACACAUCAUACUGAAUUUCCAACUUGGUUGAAGAAACGUGUUCAAGACCAGCGUAUCACCAACCCACUUGAUGUGGUCGAUGAUCUAUAUGCAUUAGUUUGUGGUCCUGAACGGUGGGUUGCAUCCUAUACUGCAUGCGUAAUAAAUGGCAAAAGGUUCCAUACUAAACAACGUGAACUUCGGCGCCGUACACAGAACAGCGGGGUGUUGGUAACUGGGGAUGAAAAUACUAAUAAUGUAGACUUCUACGGUGUUAUUAAUGAGAUCGUGGAGUUACACUACAUGGGUUGGCGUCGGGUGUACUUAUUUAUGUGUGAUUGGUUUGACGUUGGUGAUCCAAGACGAGGGGUACGAGUUGAUAACCAUAUGACUAGUAUCAACAUGGAUAGGACUUGGUAUAAGGAUGAACCAUUUGUGUUGGCAUGCCAGGCUUCCCAAUGUUUUUACAUCAGAGAUAUAAAGGCUAAAGGGAGAUGGUUUGUGGUGCAGAAGUACACAAACAGGAAUGUAUAUGACAUUCCAUCGGUGCCAAGAGUGUUAGAAGACCUUGAUGGCUCAACAAGUGAUGAUGAUGCAUAUCAAGAAACUGAGGAGUCAUAUGAUUAUGCACCACUGCAGUGCAAUGCAUGUCCAGUGACAACUCCACUGAAUAGGGAUGAUGUAGAACCUAUCUUGAUUGAUGCACAAGAUGUGACAAGUUCGGUUGGUCAGAAGGUGGGUGAGGAAGACUUUAUUGACGAUGACAUGAUUGAUUCUGGUUCGGGAGAUGCUUCUGGUGAUGGGGAAUAUUCAGAUGAGGAGGACUUUUCCACAGAUGCCGAGUCUCUAUCAGCCUAG